AACGUGGGGUGUUUCUCUAAUUUCCUGUGCCUCCUUUUCCUCAGAGAUGAGAAGCUCUGAUUGCUUCACCUCCUGUGACAGAGUCAUCUGUCAGGAUCAGAGGCAAAGCAGAAAAUGGAUGAACAGCCGAAACUACUUCGUAGACCUCUGCCUCCUAAGCUGCCAUCUAAGCUAUCUACACCAAGGGAGAAGGUUGGUAAAGGCAAGGUUUCUGGACGAUAUCUAAGUAGAGUGAUGAAGAGUACAAAUGAUGAAACUAGAAAAGCAGUGUCUGGAGGUCAUGUCAGUGCUCAAGGGCAAGUCAAGCAGAAGGAUGCUUCCCUCAGCCAUGGUCAGAUGUCCCAAAGUCUGCUGCAAAUCCAGCACAAAGAUACGUUUCUGUCUAUUCAUCAGAUUUGCCACGAUCAAACACAAGUCCAACUCAAAGACCUCCUUCAGGCUCAGUUCCUACCUGGCAGUACCCAACCCCCGUCUGAACUCGUUUCUUCUUGCCCAAUGCAUUUCCAACACAGACGUGUAGGUCAGCUUAAGCAAGAUAGUAACCAUGGGCAAAUAGAGAUCCAGCCCAAAGCUACAGGAUUGCAUGACCAAAGGAAAUUCCGUGACCAAUAUGAAAUUAUUCCUGUCUACGCAAGCAGCCAAAUGCCAAACCAGAGUGAACAGGAAAACGUCCUUUCUGUCCAAACUCCUAGGAGCAAUUUUAUUGCUAUUAAAAAUCUCAGUUUGCCUGAUAACUUUGCCUUUUGCAAAAAUCAUAAAUCCUCUUGUGUGAAGCACCAAGAAUUUCAGAGCACUGUCCCCGACCAUUUCACUCCUCCUGUAUUUACACAGGAAAGUCUAGCUGCAGGUUCAUCCUUUCACCAUCUGCCUUUGAUGACAACGCUCAAAAAGCCACUUGUUUCCCACUACAACUGUGAAGUCCUCAGUAGCAAAUUAAUGACUGAAAACAGGAGCCUGCAGACUGAAGUUAACACAGUGAUGUUGUCUGAUAUCGAUUUACCAGUAGUUGAAACAAGAAAGCCAGAGCAACAGAAAAUCCUAGAAAUCACCUCACACGAGAAAAUUAGAAAAUCUGGUUCACCAGAGCAACUUUUGCAAGAACAAAAGAAAGAAAAAGCAUAUAUUAUACACUAUGUAAGGCUAACUGAACCUGGAAGAGAAGAAGGACCCUUUACAGACUCUAAUGAUGCCCCUGACGGCAAUAGUGUGGACGAUGCUUGGGAAACCAGUUUCCACUUUAUAGCAAGCAAGCAAGAUGAAGAGGAAAAACUGAUGUUCAGAUCCCAAGUGAAAGUAUGGCAUUGCUCCUUGCAUCGGAAGACUGCUCUCAGCCUGCAGGCCUACUUUUUGUUUCACCUUCCAGACCUGACCCCUUUAAUGGACACCUUGGUCUGCCUUAACCUGUCAUUCAAUAAUUUACUCUUCUUUCCUGUGGAGGUGUUUAAUAUUAAAUCUUUACAAGUGCUUGUGCUCCGCAACAACCCCAUCAGAAAAAUCCCAAAUGACAUUCAACGACUGAAGUCACUCAAGAAAUUUACAAUUUCCUUCAAUUUACUAUCAGAUCUUCCAUCUGGUUUGUUUCUAUUAGAAAAUCUCCAGAAUCUGGACAUUGCCUAUAAUGGUAUUAGAGUUAUUCCUAAUGACAUCAAGAACUUAAGGAAGCUCGAGUGUUUGAACACUGAAGGGAACCAGCUCUCUGCUUUGCCAUCUGGGGUUUUGAAUCUUCCACUAAAAUACCUCAGAAUAGAGAAUAACUUCAUACACCCCUUGUUAUGGAAUGAGAAGGUGCAGAACCAACCUCAGAAGCUCACUCAUCUGGCUGCCCUUUGCUUCUCCAGAAAUAACCUAAAGGAAAGAUACACAGACAUCACAGAAGAUAUUGAAAAAAUAUUGGAUGAUUUUACUGUCUGUGACUGCUGCAGUGGACCUCGCUAUGGUGAAGGACUUCGGCUCAUCCAAAUUUACAGGAAUGUAUUUAAAUUCGGAAGGCUUCCCUUUUACUUUUAUGCUUGCUCAUCAUCGUGCCUGAGAAACUUUGUGUCUCAGACCGGGGCUUGACAACGGUACUUUGCGAAAAGCGAUCUGGAUUACAGCAGAGAAACUAUGAAUGGGACAAAAUAGUUCAGAAAUGUCUGAUCUCAUGUUGUGUUAUUCUGUUGGACAGCCUGGCACUCUGCUGGAGUGCUGGAUCACUUGCUGUGUACCAUCAGCAUGUCUUUCUUAAAGUGCUUUCAGCGCUGA